AUUCUGACAUAAAAAAAAUAUAUAUGUUUGUAUUUAUAUUAGUAUAAUAUUCUGCGACUUAGAUUGGACAUGGAAAUGUUUGAUCAAUACUAUUUCUGUUGGUAGUCAAUGUUGACAAUAUAACUGCAUAUUUAGAAUAAUAUUAUUAUGGAAACAUUGUUAAAAGAUGUUUACGAUGUUUUGACUAAUAAAACAGAAAAUGAAACUUCACAGGAAAAGGUGGUGAAUUAUCAAAACACAUUCAGAUUAGAAUCUAAAAAUCCAUUUCAUGAAACUAAAGCUUUGGAGGUGAUACAAGAUGAAAUUGGCAAACAUUUGACCGAAGAAACAAAAUAUGAUCCACAAGAAGCAGCUUCGUUAUGUGUAGCCUUGUCUCAAUCUAUUAGAGACCGUAUUAAUGAAUUAGAAUUUGAAAGAUACAAGAUAGUCUGUAUAGUUGAAAUUGGAGAAAAAAAGGGACAAGGAGUCAUGUCAAUAACUCGAUCUUUACGAGACUUCAAAAAAGAUAAAUAUGUACACAAAAAUUUUGAAAACUAUCAUUUGUUUGCGACAAUUUUGGUAGGUGCAUUUUACUAUGAAUAGGAAAAAAAAUGGAAUAUGUGCACAUACAGUACUGUAAUAUUUUUUAAUGAAUA